AUGGAAGUGGUAGCAUGGAUAGCUGUAUGCAAAUUUAAUUGUAAUCUCGAAGGUGGUUUUGUUCGUGAUUGGAUCGUAGCCAACGAACGAGUUCGCCCUGCACCAGAAAUUCAACCUUCGAAUUGGGUCCAAUUCGAUGCGCUAACAGAACAAGUUCAUAAUUCUGAACUGGAUAUUGUCUACGCAUCAAUGAAAAAAAUAAUUAUCAAUGCAUGUCCGGAUCAUAACCCGAAUGAACAGUUUUUGUUUCACGGUAUACACACCGAUAAAGCGAAGAAAAUUAUGGAACAAGGGUUUGAUUAUGGUUUAUUCAAGACUCAUGGUCAAUUGGGUAAUGGUGCUUAUUUUGCUGACAAUGCACAGAAGUCUCAUGAGUCAAACAAUCAUCAUGAACCAUAUGGAUAA